CCAGAAGCCGUGACGAGACGCUUUUGUUCCGUUUCAGGUAUUGACAUGGGCAAGUAUUCUUAAAGUGGGGACUCGGCUUUCUGGAGGGGGCACCUGGACGACCAAUAACGCCCCAACCUAUGAUGUCAUCGGAGGAGGAGACAGAGUUUGGCUUGUACACAGAUAAGCUCUUGAAGAAAACUAAAAGAACCAGACAACGCGUGGACGCCGGCGAGCCGCGUAACUCGUACUCUUCGAUCCCGAACUUCAGUUCGCGUCCGAAUUUUCUUGGUAGCAGUGGAAAUUUAUACGGCGCCAUUUUCACCCAACACCAACAGUUCGGUCUCUUCGGACCGGGGUUUGCACCCGCAAAAAUGCUGAACGAGCUUCUGGCCCGCCAAAAGUCGGAGAGCGGAGGCGAAAGUGAGGACUCGGUGAUUCGGUGUGACGGCAGUCCUCCUUCGGGGGAGGCUCUCGCGCAUCACAUGCUGCGAGACAUCCUGCAGGGGCGCAAGCACGAGCUGCUCGCCCUUGAGCACGACAUGCGCAACGCCCAGGACCACAUCAUUAACAACAACAACAACGAUCCAAAGGUUAGUCCCGAGCGGAAUGAAGCUGCGGACGCCGCUGUCGCUAUGAAGGAGUGUCUAGCUGAAGCUGGAGUGGACAAUCGGCAGCAAGCCGAGCUGAUGGAGGACGCGAUUAAUGGAAUGGAAACCAACUCGCUGCCCUCGCCCAAAGUGGAGCCGGCCAGUCCGGCGAAGCCGGAGGAUGCCAAGAAGGCGCGAGUGGAGAACAUCGUGUCGGGCAUGAGGUCCAGUCCGGCCCCCCCGCAGGUGAACGGCUGCAAGAAGCGAAAACUCUACCAACCGCAACAGCACGACAGCAACGCCGACCGAUAUAUCGACGACGAGGAGGAGGAAACCGAACCCAUCAAGCAAAAGCGGGUGGAGAAAAACCUGCUCAAGUCGCAGCUGAGAACCAUGCAGGAGCAGCUGGCUGAGAUGCAGCAGAAGUACAUGCAGUUGUGCACCAGAGUGGAGCAAGGCUCGGAGGAGAGCCAGGAGAUCGAGGAGAUCCCCAGUGACAGUGAGCACAGCCCCAAGCGAUCGCCUGCGGCCUCCCCUGUGACCACCACGUCCCCUCCAACCCCCACUCAAGUGACACCCUCUCUAGUGCAAGAGGUAAGCAAGAUGAAGCUGGGACCGCCAGGCCCCCACGGGCCGUUCCACAACGGCCUGCUGCACGCGCCCCAUCACAUGAACAACGCAGCCGCCAUGUACUUGGGCCACAAGCUGCUGAUGGAGCAGGAAGCCCGGAUGGCCAAAGAGGCGGCCGCUGCGGCGAUGAGCAACGAGGUGCAGCAGCAGGCGCAACAGCCGCAGCCCAUGCAGCAGAGCACGCCCAAGUCGGAGCAUGUCUCCGAACGGCUGCAGCUGAUGCGAAACAUUACGACGCCCACAGGGAGCGACCUCGAAGGGCUGGCCGAUGUGCUCAAAACGGAAAUCUCCGCCUCGCUAUCCAACUUAAUCGACUCGAUCCUCUCGAGGUUCGUGCACCAGAAACGGUGCAAGCAGCAGGACGCGGCCAACGCGGCCGAGCAGCUCAACAAAGACCUGCUGAUGGCGUCCCAGCUGCUGGACAGGAAAUCGCCGCGGACGAAAGUGGCGGAGCGGUCGCAAGCGCCGCCGCCCCCCAACCAAAAUCACAUGGUAAAUGGAAAUGCGGGCCCCCAUUUAAUGCCCGUUCAUAGUAUGCACAGUUCGAUGCCCAAAUCGUCAGAUCAUCAUAUUCGACCUCCAAUGUUUCAGCCCCCAAAGCCGCCCCACGGCAUUAGUCAGGCGCCUCUUUAUGGCAUGAACCAUCCGUUUUGUGUACAGAAACAGGAUACUCCCGAACAGAACGAGGCGCUUAGCUUGGUGGUGGCACCGAAGAAGAAACGCCAUAAGGAUUUUCUGCCCUUCAAGGUGACGGACACCCGGAUCACGCCACGCACCGUGAGCCGAAUCCUGGGACAAGACGGGGGCAUGGGGAUGUCCCCCGCCUCCAUGGAUCAAAGUGGCGGCAGCGCCCCUACAUGCCCCUCUCCACGGCCUCCCCCAUAUCACCAGCCGCCACCGAUGUUACCAGUCUCCCUUCCUACGUCGGUGGCGAUCCCCAAUCCAGGCCUGCACGAAUCGCAGGUUUUCUCACCCUACAGCCCCUUCUUCCAUGGACCAAGCCAUGGCCACCACAUGGCAAUGCAGGCCUCCUCCUCACCACCUCGCAUGCACAAAAUGGAGAGAGAGUCGCCCCCAGUUCAUCACCCGCCCACGCUGUUGCAUCCCGCCCUUUUGGCGGCCGCCCAGCACGGCGGCUCGCCCGACUACUCGCACAUGCGAGCGCCUUCCGGUGGCCUCAACAUGGACAAUGGCGACCGCAACUCGGACUGCAACUCGGGAGACAUCUCAUACGACGGAAUGCAACCUACUAUAUCCUUUUUAUGCAAAGCUGACUACGCUAAAAAUUACCAUACUUCUUCUCAGCAUCCAAAUAUUUCCUUAACUCCUGAUCACUCGUCGACAUUAACGCCGAUGCACCUGCGAAAAGCGAAACUGAUGUUCUUUUGGGUGCGGUAUCCGAGCUCGGCUGUUCUCAAGAUGUAUUUUCCCGACAUCAAGUUCAACAAGAACAACACGGCCCAACUGGUGAAAUGGUUCUCCAAUUUUCG